CAGGGACUGGGAGAAUAGUCAGGAUCGAGGGAAAGAUGAAUGGAGCAAAGUACAGAGAGAUCCUUGAUGAAAACCUGCUCCAGAGCGUAAAGGACCUCAGACAGGGGCGAAGGGUGACUUUCCAACAGGACUACGACCCUAAGCACACAGCCAAGACAACACAGGAGAGGCUUCGGGACAAGUGUCUGAAUGUCCUUGAGUGGCCCAGCCAGAGCCUAGACUUGAACCCGAUUGAACAUCUCUGGAGAGACCUGAAAAUAGCAACGCUCCCCAUCCAACCUGUCAGAGCUUGAGAGGAUCUGCAGAGCAGAAUGGGGAAAAACUCCCCAAAUACAGGUGUGCCAAGCUUGCAGCGUCAUACCCAAGAAGACUCAAGUAUGUAAUCACUGCCAAAGGUGCUUCAACGAAGUACUGAGUAAAGGGUCUGAAUACUUGUUUUUGCUUUGUCAUUAUGAUGAGGAAAAAAACUAUUUAAUCAAUCUUAGAAUAAGGCUGUAACCUAACAAAAUGUGGAAAAAGUCAAGGGGUCUCAAUAGAUGCUGAAGGUCCUCUACCAUUAUCAACUGUAAUUUCAUUUCUAUUGUAAUUUAAUUCAAAAUAAAUAGACCGAGAACAGAACUACCGCAACGUUACUUUGAACCUGCCGGCAGGGAGUAACCAUCAUUUUCUCAUUUCACUUUAAUUGGAAUGUAGUAAUGUUUUUCCCCAUUUUCAAUGACUCUUCAUGCUUAACCCUACCAAUCUGGUGCUCUAGCUGUCCUUGUCAUGCACGCUCCUCUUGUCUUGAUAGAAUAAACGUCUUCAUUCUCCUCAUAAACGACAAAAUCAUCAUGCUAAUCACAUUUCCAUGGCUUAACAAAAUUAUAAAGAUAUACAUUGAGUAUACAAAACAUUAAGAACACCUUUCUAAUAUUGAGUUGCACCCCCAUCAUCAAUUUGUCGGGGCAUGGACUCUACAAGGUGUCAAACGCUCCACAGGGAUGCUGGCCCAUGUUGACUCCAAUGCUUUCCACAAUUGUAUCAAGUUGGCUGGAUGUCCUUUGGGUGGUGGACCAUUCUAGAUAGAAACAGUAAAAAAGUGUUGAAACCGAAAAACCCAGCAGCAUUGCAGUUCUUGACACAAACCGUUGCGCCUGGCACCUACUACCAUACCCCGUUCAAAGGCACUUAAAUCUUUUGCCUUGCCCAUUCACCCUCUGAAUGGCACACAUACGCAAUCCAUGUUUCAAUUAUUUCAAGGCUUAAAAAUCCUUCUUUAACUUGUCUCCUACCCUUCAUCUACACUGAUAUAAGUGGAUUUAACAGGUGACAUCAAUAAGGGAUCAUAGCUUUCACCUCGUCAGUCGAUGUCAUGGAAAGAGCAGCUGUUCUUAAUGUUUUGUACACUCAGUACAUAUUUUUAACCACUAACCUGUCAAUAAAAGCUUAUGUGAGAAGCUGAUCCAUCAAGUCAAUUGAUUAAGGCAUAAUUCUAAUGAUGUCAUAUAUAAUUUUCAAACAUUCAGUCACUUGUUGAUAUUUUGCUAACAGCAAUAUGAACUAGAGGAAACAAUGGCCUGUGCUUAGUGGUUUUAUUUGAUUUGAUUCUAGGUCAUCAGUUUACAUUGUGUUACUUUCGUCCCACCAUCAAUCUCCUGUAACUUCUCCCAGACUAAUAGCCAAGACUAGCUAGAAUGAUAUUUGAACCCUAUAGUAUCAUUUAGUCACUAGAUUGGUUAAGAAAAUUACAUCUGUUUGGAACCUUAAACAACUAAACACAACUCUACAACCAAAAACACUUCCGGGUCUGUUUUUUUUUACUUACAUCGCUCAAAACGUUUUGUUUAUAACUCGGCGAAAACAAUAUAACUCAGUGCCCAUAGAGAAUAUCAAUACUGAUUUCAUUUGACCAAAAGCAAUAACAGCAUAGCCACAACGCUAUCAUGCUGGGCUGUAUAGCUAGCAUAGAAUGCUAAAAACAACACAGAGAGCUAGUGUAACGGAUGUGAACAUGGGACGGUUUAAAGUUAUACUGUUACACUAGCAGCUCGUGCUCCGUGUACAUUCCGUUAUGAUUGUGUACAAAGAGAAAAUUCUAAACAAACAAAAUUCAGACUAAAAUGUAAGAAUAACAUUUACAGGCAACACAUUUCACGUAUUUUACUGGACAUGUAAUGAUAUUGUCACUCUUUUAAUUACAUAAUUAGCUGAUUAAAUGACAGAAUUAGCAGAGUAGAAACAACACAUACCUUUUCACAAGGUCAUCACUAGUUACCACACCAAGUCAUAAAUCCCACCUAUUUCCCCAAAAUCGGAUUUUUUACCUUAACCUUAACCACACUGCUAACCUUACGCCUAAACAUAACCUUAAUUAAGACCAAAUAACACAUUUUUGUUUUCGUGAUUUAUUACGAUUUUGACUUUGUGACUGUGGUAACUAGUGGACACCUCUCACAGGAGCAUAAGGAAAGAGGAAGUAAAAUGGGCAAUGCAACAAGUUCACAGGAAAUGGACCAAACCAUUUUACAGCUCAAAGUUCAUAUUUUCUAAUACCAACUCUUAUGAUCUUAGAUGAUAGAUACAUAUAGAUUUUACUAUUACACCAACAUAGUCAUGGAAACAUAAUACGGCAAUACCACAGUAGAUUUCAGUAGAUUUAUUUCUGAAAUAGAAUAAUGCCUAGUGACCUGAUUGACCCAGUCCACUCUAAGAUCAUCCUGCCCAAUCAACGGUGCCAGUCAACAGUAGCGUUGCGUGGGUAAAAUCACUGGAGAAGCCAAGCAAGAACAAUUCCAGAUUACAACAUGUGUUGUGAUAAUUGCAUUGUUUGUUCUAUAACCUGUUAAUUCAUACGCCUUGCGACCGUGAUGUAAGACCUAAGGCCGAGACAAUAAGAAGACACAGUGGCAGAAUUAAUUCAACCACACCUUUGUUUCAUCACAAAACCAGAGAGAAACAUCUGUCUGGUGAAGUCUACAAAACAAACAGUUACAUGACAAUAGCAUGUUCAAUGCAGAUGGUGAUUUCUCCGUGACCCACCUGACCAAGGCCCACCUGUUCCACGACGGACGCAUUAAGUGGGUUCCCCCGGCCAUCUACAAGUCCUCCUGCAGCAUCGACGUCACCUUCUUCCCUUUCGACCAGCAGAACUGCACCAUGAAGUUUGGCUCGUGGACCUACGACCGCACCAAGAUCGACCUAAUCAGUAUGGCGGGCAAUGUGGAUCAGAUGGACUACUGGGAAAGCGGCGAGUGGGUGCUGGUGGACGCCGUGGGCAACUACAACAUCAAGAAGUACGAGUGCUGCCACGAGGUCUACUCUGACAUCACCUAUUCCUUCAUCAUCCGGAGGCUACCGCUGUUCUACACCAUUAAUCUGAUAGUGCCCUGUCUGCUGAUCUCCUGUCUGACUGUCCUGGUGUUCUAUCUGCCCUCUGACUGUGGAGAGAAGAUCACCCUGUGUAUCUCUGUGUUGCUCUCUCUCACUGUCUUCCUCUUGCUUAUUACCGAGAUCAUCCCAUCCACCUCGCUGGUCAUCUCUCUCAUCGGGGAGUACCUCCUCUUCACCAUGAUCUUCGUCACCCUUUCCAUCAGCAUCACCAUCUUUGUGCUCAACGUGCACCACCGCUCGCCGCGCACGGACACCAUGCCCCGCUGGGUGCGCCGCGUCUUCCUGGACAUCGUCCCCGGCUUCCUGUUCAUCCGGCGGCCUGCCGUGGUCAAGAACAACAGCAAGAGGCUGGCAGAGGCCAUGCAAAAGAGGGCUUCGCUAUGGGGUGAGCUGGAGGCUGAGCUGGAGGCCAGCUUCCCACCCACCUCCCCCCUGGAGGUCCAGGAGAUCCUGGCCCGCUCCCCUUCUCUCUCCAUGGGCCGACCCGUAGAGGGUUCCCUGCCCCCCAAGCUUCCCCAGCAACAGCAGCAGCCCCUGGACAGGUCCUCCAGCCAGUACUCCAUCCUCCCGGAGGAGCCGACCACCUCGUCCCAGCCAGGCUGCUCUCCUCUGUUCCUCCACCCUCUCUUCCCGCCCAGGGACAAGCACCAUGCGGCCAGGCCCAAGAUGCGGUCCCUCAGCUUACAGUACGGCCUGGGUGAGAGGGAGCAGCCCCAGACCAGCGUCCGCUGUCGCUCGCGCAGCAUCCAGUACUGCUGCCUGCAUGAGGAGGUCUCCUCCAUGGGUAACGGCAGGCAGCGGCCUCUCUCACAGCACCCGUCCCUGAUGGAGGAGAGGAAGCAGAGCUGUUCAGCUGCCUGCAAGUAUCACUCAGGCCUGGCCAAGGAAGCCAAAGCAAUGACCAAGGACCAGCGGCUCCUCGUCUUAUCCCCGUCCAUGAAGAUGGCCAUGGAAGGUGUGCAGUACAUCGCAGACCACCUCCGUUCGGAGGAUAUCGACUUCUCUGUAAAGCAGGAGUGGAAGUACGUGGCUAUGGUCCUAGACCGGAUCUUUCUGUGGUUGUUCAUCUUGGUGUGUCUCCUGGGGACCCUCGGACUCUUCGUCCCGCCCUGGCUGGCUGGAAUGAUAGACCUAUCUGUCUGACAACAAACACUUCUGAAGCCAUUGCCCCUAUGCACACUCAAGUUGUACAACUGAUGAACAACUCACUUGACACAAUUUUUUUCUGCACAACAUUAAUUACACAAGCAUUGUGGAGACACUGCACAAUGAUUGUGUAAACAUUUGUGUGCAGAAAAUAUCAGUUGUAUGACAACCAUUGUGUCAAAUGCAUUGUAUAUCAGUUGUGCAGACCU